AUGAGUAUCCUUGAGAUUGGUGCUGGAACUGGCAGUGCAACGAAGAAAGUCAUCAGCACUAUUGGGCGUAGAUUUGCUAGCUAUACUUUCACAGAUAUAUCGAGCGGGUUCUUUGACAAUGCCAGGGAGCUCUUCUCCAGUUAUGAGGAUUAUAUGCUCUUCAAGGUCCUUGAUGCUGAGAAGGACAUUGUCUCGCAAGGAUUUUCAGAGCAUUCAUACCAUCUCAUUAUUGCAUCAUUUGUACUCCAUGCGACGUCGAAAUUGGAACACACUCUGAGCAACAUUAGACGGCUGGUGAAACCCGGUGUAUAUCUGGUCAUGCUCGAGGCUAUAAAUCUCGAGCAGUCUCGUUUAGGAUACAUUUUGGAUCUUUCCCUGGAUGGUGGCUUGGUGCUGACGAUGGCCGAUUACUCUCUCCUUGCGUUACCAACGAGGAAUGGGAUCGGCUGCUGCUCAAGACCGGCUUUUCUGGCGUUGAUAUUGUUACAUCAGAUGUGGAUGCACUUCCAUUCCCUGCAUCUGCUAUCGUAUCCCAAGCGAUGGACCAAACUGUUCAGUUCCUUCGCGAUCCCUUGGGGUCGUCCAGUGCUGACGUCUUCGAUCCCAUGA